ACUGUUGUCGUGAUCGGCGGGAGGUCGUCCCAGGAUGCGCUCCGGGACGUUUCUCAUCCCUGUCUGGACACGGGCUCACUGGGGAGAUCCCAUUAUCCUCAGCCCGUAAACAUUAAGCGCGGCGUCUCUCGCCGACUGAUAUCUCUUAAGAAUGUACCGUAUACCGUGUCGCAACAAGAGGAAGGGACUUGAGAGCCCCGGUGCCCCGGCUACUCAUCGUGAUAGCAAGCGAAACAUUCACGUUGGAUAUCACGCGAGUAAGACCUUGCCGUCGAAACUGGUAGCGGAGAGACGAAACAUCGUCGACGUUUGUGUAAUCAAAAUAGAGGCACACUCGGCUUUAAUUAUCGCGCAAGUAACGGCGUGUGAAUAUACAGACAUACCAUUAUCGUCGAAACCGGUUUGUUAGAGAAGUGGUGUCUGUGUGUUGUUGUCUCGUCGGAAUUCCAUUCCAUUUUCAACGGACGAAAAAAAUCGUCGAGCGACCUCGCAGGAUCACCUUGAAAAUAAACUAGUUAUAGUUAUAUGUGUCGUAAAGCAUCGAACUAUUGACUUUGCGAAUGGGUGGCAGUCUUCGCUCUCGCUGCAGCUUGUAAUCUCGCAUCGAUAGUAGUAUAACUCGUCGGGUCGGCUUAUACAAGUCUAAAAAAUAUUCGUGGAGGAGGAAUCUGAGUGUAGAUUUCACAUGGGUGCCGUCUCUUCGUCAGUGAUAUACUUCGAUAGUCGCCAUCGAGCUGUUGAAUGUGCGAGCGUAGUCGCGUGAAAUUCUGAGCUGGUGAACGUGUCGAUAUACGAAAACAAACGACACGAAUACAGCGACACUGGCGUAGCGAUUUGAAAUGUGAUGGUCAUCAAUGUCAUCGACUCAUUAACCGAGGUCACAUUCAAUAUUCAGAACGAUGGAGAUUCGCGUACGAUAUUUGUUCGCUAUAAUGCUAUGCAUUGCGAACAUGAUUAUUUACGGUUUAAAAGUGAAUAUCGCGACGGCUAUUAUCGGCAUGGUGAAGAAAAAACCUGGCGUACCAGAUUGGUCGGAUGAAUGUCCAGAAUUUGAAGCUCCCGGAGAAGUCACCGAUAUUGACGGUCCAUUUGACUGGACGUCAAGUGAGCAAGGUCUGGUCAUUAGCAUAUAUUUUGCUGGAUAUCUUAUCGGUAUGUUUCCGUCGGGAUAUUUGGCUGAUCGAUUCGACACCAAGAUCGUCUUGCUAUUGUGCGUGUUCGCGAACGGGGUCUUAACGAUAUUGGUACCGGUUAUUGCGAGCUCACUGUACGUACUGUACGCUGUGAGAUUUUUAACCGGUCUUGUGAGCGCGGCGAAUCUCCCUAUAGUGAAUGUUCUUCUGGGAACAUGGGUUGUGUACGAGGAGAAAAGCACGUGGGUCGGUAUCAUAUACGCCGGCACGUCGCUCGGCACCGUGAUAUCUAUUCUUACCUCAGGAAUGAUAUUAAAUUACGUGGGCUGGGAAGCUAUUUUUUAUAUCCACGGAUCGUUGCCCUUGAUUUGGUGCGUUGUCUUUUAUAUAUUUUUCGCCGGUUGCCCGGAAGAGCAAAAGUACAUCACAGAGCAGGAGAGAUCAUUAAUUGUGAGCUCGUACGGUCAUCGAACGCCUAAUUCCGCGAAGAUGAAAAUCCCGUGGAAGAGUAUAUUCACGUCGGUGCCAUUUUUAGCAUUAAUCGCCACCAAUACUCUGGGGAAUUUCUGCUGGUAUUUCUUACUCACCCAGUUACCGCUUUACAUGAGCAAGAUUUUACGAUACAAAAUCUCAUCGAAUGCCGCUAUUGUCUGUACACCAUAUCUCAUAAAUGCUUUCACUAAUCCACUAAUUGGAAGAGUUUUAGAUUGGGGACGAAAAAAGGGAUAUUGGUCACAGACGGUUGCUCGUAAAAUUGCUGUAUUCAUAAGCGCCAUACCACCUAGCAUUUUUCUAGUUAUAAUUGCGUACAUUGGCUGCGAUCGCGUAUCAUCAACUGUGUUGCUAACUUUGAGCAUAGUAGUCUGUGGUGCUAUAUUCGUCGGUCACCUCUGUAAUCAGAACGACCUGGCCCCGAAUUAUGCAGGAAUUCUCAUGGGCAUUACAAAUACCCCAGGCACCAUCUCUGCCUUUAUCCUACCACCGAUAGUCGGGGCUCUCGUAGCGGAAGGACAUACCAUGGCGCGUUGGAGAGUUGCGUUUUGGAUUACCAUUGUUUCCCAGAUUAUGGCUUUUGUAAUAUUUGCGAUUUUUGGAUCCGCCAAAAUCCAAUCGUGGAAUUAUCCAGUGCCAGAUGUUGAAAAUUGGGACGUCGACGAAGGACAACAGCAACAACAACAAGAACAGCAACAAGAAACAAAGACUUAAAUUGAGACUAUUUUCACAUGUGUAGUAUCUCCUUGUUAAAUAAUCCAAAAACAAUUUUCACAAGAAAAUUUAUCUUGUUUGUUGCACAAACAAAAAAAUUUUGCAAUUUAAACAUAUUAUGCAAGUAUGUUGUGAACUAAUUUGUUAUAAAAAUUACCUAUGUUAAGAAUUUUUCGAUUUUGAUAUAUGUUGACUUAUACAUUUACAUAUAUAAAUUUUUUGAUAUCUCAAUGUAACAUUGCCAAUCAUUUUUGAUAAUUUUAUUGAGAUUAAUUAACAGAUCUAUAUGUAAUUAUUAAUGUUUAAAUGUUAUAAAUAUCUUUAAUUAUCUACAUAUUGAUAAUAUCUUGUACACUAUUUUUUUCAUCAAAUUAUCUAGCUUUAU